ACAUGGCAUUAUCAGAGUUUCAAUCAGAUCCAGAAAGACCACCAGCUUCCCUAAGCUGAAUCUUCCCUCCUUUUCAUCCACCCCCUGCUUCAAAUUGCCGGUAGAGUGGGCGUCAAUGUCGCGGCCCCGACUCGUACACAGUCCCCAAGCUUUGACGUGAGACUCUCCCCCACCCCAUCCCUAUCGGUUUUGGUCCACUCUUCCGACGGAACGAUAAGGGAUUAUCGCAGUUCGAAAUACCUUACCAAACGCAAUGGAUCAUACUGCGGCUGGCGCCGACAAUGGCGCCGAGUGUCGCACGUUUGCGCUCAACGACCCAUCGACGGUAGGAGCUGUAUCACCAAAGUCGGUCUCACUCUCGGAGCAUCAAUGCCAGCAGCAACAGCCGCCGUCAACGAUCCCCCACCGACGCACCUCCUCCGGCGCAAACUUCCUCUCCAAACUCCCUUUCAUGCGCUCCCAUUCCGAUGGGAAGCAGCAGCAGCGUCACCAAGAAGCCGAGGACGACACUUCGCGCUCCCCACCGACAUCCAUGUCGACCGUCAUCCAGCAGCAGCAGCAGCAGCAGCAGCAGCAAAAGUCUCGACGAAGGAAGGGCUCCCUUAGGAAGGUGGCCCUAUUGGGAAGAGGUGCGCAACGGGAGCGCAAAGAGGCGAAACAGCUCACUAUCGACACGUCACACACUGUCUCCCGCGAUAUGGAGGGCGCCGCGUCUCGAUCGCACGCGACAACUAUCGAGCACGAUCCUCUCGGACUGAAUAUCGCGGACCUGACACCGCGGCCAUCUAUGGAAGGAUAUGCGAGCAGGUCGAGUCUGGUAGAAUCUCCAGUAUCUUCUCUGUCGAAUGCUCGGCAAACAAACGAGGCCGAGUCCACCAUCACUAGCCCUACGAUCUCGUACACUUCUACAACGGACGAAGACGACGUUUUACAUAUACCGAACCACAUGCCGUCACACCUGCAGCCCGACUCGUCGCUCUCGUCGGGCUCCGAAUCUUACUUUGGAACCCGGCCUAGGCAGCAGUCCAUACUGCAGGCCAAGUCGCCGCUCUCGUACAGCGGCUUAUCGACCACUCCGUUACCUCCGAACGACACAGAAAUCGACUAUUCGGAUACAGAAUGGUGGGGCUGGGUCGUCUUGAUCGUGACGGGGCUGGUGUUUGUUAUGGGCAUGGGCUCAGUCUUUGGGGUAUGGAGUUGGGCGUGGGAUGUCGGUACGACCCCGUACGCGCCCCCAGAGCUUGAGGACGAUCCGACGCUGCCCAUCACGGGUUAUUAUCCGGCCCUCAUUAUAUUAACCAGUAUCAUGGCUUGGGUUUGGGUCUCCGUGGCCUGGAUGGGAAUGAAGUACUUUCGCCAUGCUAAGAUCAGCGGGGAGUAAAGACUGGGCUGGUCUUGAAUUAGGUAUUGUCCAUCCUGUCCCUGAAUUCUUUUCGCCGUCGACCCUUAUGGUCUAUUACGCAGGUCGACAAAGGCAGACGAAUGGCGUUGGGUUGAAAUUUGCGGCAAGGCGUUUUCUCAUUCAUGAUACAGGCGGCAGGGACUCGAAAAGUUAAAAGCGAAUUAGCAAGCGGGAAGAGUUUUGCUAGGCUCUCAGGAUUUCUAAUCCUGAGAUUUUCAUGGGUUAUUCUUCAGCAAGAUCCAUGCGUAUAUGGCAUAUGGCCAAAGUAACAGCGAAAACCAGCCCUCACAUAUAAGGUGUAUGUUUCCUACAACUCUUAAAACCAUAGCUAGGAAAAGAAGCAUACAAUUUAAAUCAUCUUGAGCUUUGAAAGCCACAGUGACAACCUUGGACCAACUCCGCCAUUCUCUUGGCCUUCUUCGAG